AUGUCACCCUCACCCUCUCGCUCUCCCCCACCGGCCUCGACGCCGCAGCCCGACGAGUCUCAGUUACCCAAGGGUCAAUGUCGCUACAUCCUCAUGAUACCUGAGCUCAAGGGCCAGCGGUGCGGCUGCAUGGGGUUCGACCACAACAAAUCUUUACCUGGCGCCACUUGCAACUGUGGGCAUCUAUCCUGCUUUCACGUCGCCAAUGCCGAUACCCCAACACCAAGCACUAACAAGUCCGAGAUCGAUGCGAUUCAACAGCGAGUACGAACCUUGGAAGAACUCGCGAACCCACAAGACCGUGAUCGACUCUCCCAUGUUGUUCGUCGCAUCAGCGAGCUGGAGGAGACGGUCGAGAAGAACAAGGACGAAACCGAUACUGAACUCAAAGGCUCAUACCGCAACGCAUCUGCUGCAUGGGCGCUUGUUACACAAUUGCAGCAACAGAUUAAAGGCUUGGAACAAACCCUUCGAUCUCAAGGCGAACAGCUGGCAAGGACAGGGAGCGAAGUGGACGAUUUGCGCAAUCGUCAACUUGAGCUACUAGAUAGCGACGAAUGCUUGGAAGAAAGGAUCGAAAAGUUGGAGAGUGCCGAGCCUUUAUUGUCUCCUCCCCAAGACCCAAAUCUAAGCAACGCCACCGUCAACACCUUUCAUCUCUCGCCCACAACCACUGUCCCCUCCCAGCUGCCGUUGAACUCAACGCACAGCUUGCCGAUAAAACCUACCGCCUCGACCGAACGUCCAAGGUCAUGGACAGUGCAUGUGUCCUUAAUGCCUUCCAAGGACACACCCUUCCCAUUUGAAAAGGAUACAACCUCAUACAAGAGAUGUCUGUCCCGUGGACUUCAUCGUAUGCUCGCAGUGGAAGGAGACGAUGCCAAGUCUGUCACAGAGGCUGUAUCACGAGCAUUUGAACCCCUACUCAAAGGACGGCCGUGGGUUCCAUUGCAAGCAAAGCUUUGCGAUGCUGAGCGUCUACAAGGCCUGCCAAUGUUACGACCCCUGGAGGCCAGGCUCAUCCACGGUUCGUACGACCGCGCGUUCCUCAAGCAACACUGCGCCGUGCUGGAUGCUAGUGGCAAGAUGGACUCAUUAUAUAUAGCAAUGGAGCAUGACUCCUUAUCUUGGAACUUCUUGAAGAGGUCCCCAGUCUAUCUAGACGGGCUGGAGUCCGCAUGGGAGCGCGAUAGCGUACUCGACAAAAAGGACGAACAAGACCCGUCGUCCAGGGAUAACGGCGAUGAAGGUGACGAGUCACCGCCCGCCGGCAACAUCGUUGGAGCCUUGACAGGCUUGAAGCGUAGCAUGUCUGAGAUUUCAUGCUCGUCUCUCGAUGACACCGAAUUACCGUUGGCCAAGUUGCCACGAACAUGCAAGACAUCUCAACUGGAGAUGCGACGCGGCGUAGAAACUGCAAGGUGA